AUGCCCAGCAACAAUAAAACCAAAAAGUCCACCUCCGAAGAGGAUGAAAUGAAAUUCAUGCAAGAUUUGAUCAAGAAGAACGAAACCAAGCUGAAAAAGAAACAAGCCAAAGCAGCCAAAUGGCAAGCGCUCACUCCCGAUUCAAAAGUCAAAAAGCAACUGGUUAAACAAGCAGAAGGAGAAGAAGCAAAGGCUCCAACCAAUGGAUCAAUAGUAGAAGUCCAUUACAUUGGAACUCUCAAAAGUAAUGGCAAGAAAUUCGAUAGUUCCCGAGACCGAAACAUGCCCUUCUCAUUUGUACUCGGAAGGGGUGAAGUGAUUCGUGGUUGGGAAUUAGCAGUCGCGAGUAUGAAGGUCGGAGAGAAGGCUCUCUUUGAGAUUGACUCGGAGUAUGCAUAUGGAGCACGAAGUGUCGGAUCCAUUCCACCAAACUCUACAUUGAAUUUUGAAAUUGAAUUAUUGGAUUUCAAGUAA